AUGUCUUCAGACUAUGAUGCACCCGAUAUUGACAUCGACAAUGUGAAAUUUGUUGGGGUCAUUAAAGAGACCGAAAAUGGAUUUCUGUGCCGAGCCCGCUGGCAAGACAAAGACUGCGUGCUCAAAGUGUUCCCUCCUUAUAAAUGGGACAGGUGCCACCCAAAAUCCCGUUCUAUGGAUCUUUUCAAAAAUGAGAGCCGCGCAUAUAGUCGAUUGAAGGCCCGAGGCUUCUGUGAACGGGAAGCUGUGCCUGAUUUCUAUGGGGUCGUUGAGAAUCUUGACCCUGAGGCGAAAGGCUGGCAACCACGGCUCAAGGAAUUCUAUGACAAAACUUUUCCUCGGGGUCUUGAUCCCAAGGCUCGCCCAAAUGGUGUCCUGAUGGAAUAUAUCCAUGAUGUGAACAUGUUUGAUAUCUCUAACUAUACAGAGCAAAGAGCUCGCAAACUCCACCAGCUCCUAAUUGAAAUUCACGAGGCUGGGAUUGUACACCUUGAUCUCUAUCCUCGAAACAUGUUGAUUCAGGGUGAUUCUGAUCGGGUACUCUUGAUCGACUAUGAACUUGCCCAGAUAUUUGACCCAAAGCACCCAGAGCAGCCCAGAUUUUUUAACCGGGAAAGAGCAUUGAUGGAUGACUUUGUGGAAGCGCUGGUAAUUUUGCCAGUCGCAGUCUGA